AUGGCGAUCAAACCCAGCACCGCCAUCCCCCUCACCAUCGCCGGCAUCUUGUUCUGCCUGACCCUCAUCUGCCUGGGCUUCAUCGCCUACCGCACCGUCACCCAAAUCCUCCACCAGCGGCACAACAGCACGGCGACCAGCACCGCAACCAGCACGGCGACCAGCACCACGACCAGCACGGCGACCAGCACGGCGACCCGCCCCUCACCGACAAACGCCCCCCCAGCAGACGGGCGACAGAAGAAGGACAACAAGAAAGAGAAGGAGAGAAAGCAGCGAAGAGGAAUCCCUCCCCUCCCCUCCACCCGUUUCAGCCGCCACCGCCUGUGA